AUGAAAUUGAAGCCUGCUUUUUGUUUGUUGUAAUGUUGUCAGAUCCGACCUGUAUUUGAAGCACAUGGAUGUGUUCUUGAGGUAGCUGUGAUUAAAGAUAAGAGAACAGGACAGCCACAAGGUAUGUAUAACACAUUUGUUUUUAAUAAUUUUGUGGAGAUCUACGUAAGUAUAUGUUUUCAGGUCCUUCAAGGGGCUGAAGGGAGCAACUUUAAGCUUUUGUUUCAUGUUGGUUAAUUUUCCAAUUGGUUGGUCAUCAACUCUGUCAAGAAGGCGAGAAGCAUAUACAUAAAAUAUACCUUUUAGACAGUAGAAACCCUAAAUAAGUGAUUGGUUGAUUGUUGUUAUUUCAAUAUUGCAUCAUUUGCAUGGGAUGUAGUGUUGGACCAAAAGAUCUGGUUGGAAGGGAGUUGGCAGGGGGUUCAAUGUAUUAGGGAUUUAUCUAUAAUUGGUUUUCUGUAUGCGUCAAUCAGAACUACUGUUGUACAACCCUUGUUCUGUUAGCGGCGUUUUGUGGAUUUCGUAUACUGUACAUUUUUCUCACAUUGGCAUCUCAAUGACUGUUGUUAGCAGUCUGCUAUUGAGCUAUUAUUUCUUUUGUACUCUUGAUCUUGCAUUCUGUUUUUAUGCGUAUGGUUGUUGCUUCAUUAAAUAUGCUACCUCAGAGGAUGCUGACAGGGCCAUUAGAGCCUUGCAUAACAACUAUACUUUACCAGGGGGAAUAGCUCCCAUUCAAGUCAGAUAUGCCGAUGGUGAGCGAGAACGACUUGGUACAGUCGAGUACAAGUUAUUCGUUGGGUCACUUAGCAAACAAGCUUCUGUGAAGGAUGUUGAAGAGAUUUUUUCUCCUUAUGGUCGUGUUGAAGAUGUCUAUCUCAUGCGUGAUGAGAUGAAGCAGAGCCGAGGGUGCGGAUUUGUCAAAUAUUCAAAUAGAGAAGUGGCAUUGGCCGCAAUUGAUGGUCUUAAUGGAAAAUUUACAAUGAGAGGAUGUGACCAACCUUUGAUUGUUCGAUUUGCGGACCCUAAGAAGCCUAGAUUUGGGGAGUCAAGGGAUCCAUCAUUUGUGGGGCCUGGUUAUGGGCCUCGCUUUCAAGCCCCUGGAAUUAGACCACCACAUCCGAAUCUUACGGAGCCCGCGUAUGGACAGAAUGCUCCUAACUCAUGGCGUCCCAUGCCCGCCUUUAAUCCAUCACAAGUAUCUAACGCUAUUAACACCCAUGGUUUUGGAAAUCAAGUCUCUCCUAGAUCAAAUGACAUGCAAGCACCCUCCUCAUUGGGAGGCCGUGGUGCUAGCGGGGACAAUUCAUUUCCUAUGCGUCCAGUUCCCUCCCCUUCUAUGGCACAACAGGGUGGCCAUAGCAGCAGUGGGGAUAGCUCAUAUCCAGGGUUCCCUGUUUCUUCUUCUUCUUCUUCUUCCAUGUCCCAAAAGGGGUCAAACCAGCCCUUGGUGCAAAGCCUUUCAAUUGGCCAGCAAAAUUCUCCAUCACAGAAGCCUCUUCCAUCACCACAACAUUUUCCCUCUUCCCUGCAACAACAGAAAUCACCUAUGUUGCAUGGGUAUGGCCACCCGGAUACUCGGAUACAUGGAUAUGGGCAGCCUCAAGUGCCAAUAAUACCCCCGUCUGCUGGUCAAACCCCGGUUGGUAAGGCAAUGACACCUCAGCAGAAUGUGCCAUCUGGAUCGUCAAACCAACAACACCAAGCUCAACAGACCCUUCAACAUCAACCACCAUCUCAGUUAGCUCAGAUGAUGUCACAACAAACACAAACUUUACAGGCAAGCUUUCAGUCAUCACAACAAGCCUUCUCUCAGCUUCAACACCAACAAAGGCAGAUGAUGCAACCGCCUUCUAACCAAAACGCAACAACUACUCAGCUGCAGCAACAUUCUUCUUGGCCCGGGCAUGCUCAGCAGCAACCACCUCCAGUCACUUCCUUUCAAUCACCUCUUGUUGCAACUAGCCAGCCUGUUGCCGCUUUUAAAUGUGACUGGACAGAACACACUGCACCUGAUGGGUACAAGUAUUACCACAACAGUGUAACUGGUGAAAGCAAAUGGGAAAAACCAGAGGAGUUGACCUUGUUCGAACAACAGCAGCAGAAACAACAAGAACAAACAAAGCCUUCUUCCACCACCCAACAACCUCAAAUGCAGUCUUACCCUCAACAAGGCAUAUCUCAACAUCAAGCUUUUCAUAUGCAAGGGCAGUAUCAAAGUCCACUUCAGAUCCAGCUCCGUGCCCCACAACAGCUUCAACAACAAACAUCUCAAGCACCAUCUUAUCAUCAGGACCCUGGAAGGAUUGUUCAACGAAGUAAUCAGGAACAUUCUUAUGCGCAUUUACCACAUGCAGCUGGUUCAGCAAAUGAUACACUUCAUAUCCAACAGGGGCUUCAUGCUGGUCAAGAAUGGAUGUCAAAGAGGCCGUGAUUCGCCCAGUUGACUAAGCCAUGUCCAUAGAUAGAUAGAGGCUAGAGCAUGGCGUUCCUUGAGCUGAUAGGGGGGGUUCAAAUAGUCUCAUCGAGCUUAUGAUAGUUUAUUUAAUAUGUGAAGGGCCUGCUGGACAUAAAGAUGAAAAAAGGAAGAGGAAUAAAGCUGAAUGUGAAAG